AUUCGGAAAACAGCUUUAGGUGCUUAAAUUGUAAUAGGUCACCUAUUCAUCUAGCAAAUUGCGCCUUAACUCCAAUUAUUUGUUGAGGCGGUGAUUGGGCCACUUCAUUGUUAUUAUUAUUAUUUUUUAUUCAUUGUAUGGGUAUCGUGGGCCGUGUUUAAACGAAUCUAAAUCAGACUUUUUUUUUUCGACUCAACCCAUUUUCAUGAUUUCAAGUAAUUUUGACACCAUUCGAACUUGGCUUUAGUGAAAAUGAUGAUCUCCGAUUUAUGCUUGCUCAAACUCUACUCCAAAGCAACCUAUGCUGAAUCAGGAAAAAAUAAAUAAAAUAAAACGAGGCCAUUUCAGCCCAUCUCCUACUAAUUGUUCCGAAAGCUAUUUUGCAUAUCAAUGUGUCCCUUCUUAGAAAUUUGCCAAUUGCCACUUUUGAAGCCAUGCCUUGUUUGAUUUUGUGUAAAAUUCUGGAACUUUUUUGAUAACAGAGGUACUGGAGUAUCCAUUGCAAAACAAGGAAAUGACAAAGGUACAGAGAAAGGGUGAGACCCCAACCUCCUUAAAGGCAGUGAAGUCCUUCAACUCGUGUGCUGGAAAUUUCUUUUCGACCAACACUAGAGCAGAGAGGACGAAGAGAAUCUGGGUUAUCACAGAGAGGAGCGAUGUGCAUCCUGACUGUAAAAAUGCAACCAAUCCUUAUCACAAAUGUGCUGAAUAUUGCUUCAAAUAUAUCCCUAAUGGGGAGCAACGUGGUCAAGUCAUGAAGCUAAAUAAUCUAGAGGGAGAGAAGAUAUUCAGCAGUUGCGGUAGAACAAGUCUUCAAUCUCAGUGCAUGUAUGCAUCAAACCCUCAUGAUGAAUGUACUGAUUUCUGCUUCAAAAAUGGGCCAGAUAGUAACACACGUGAUGGUGAGAAUCCCAUGGAUGAUUCUACUAAUUCUCAAGAAAGCGGUGCACUUCCUAAACAGUUGCAUGUAUCAAUUCCAUGCCAUAAUGGUUUUGAAUGUUUCUUUGAGAAUACCCCUGAACAAAUGCUUCCUGAGAAAGCCAUGAAUCCAAAGGAGGAAAUCCAAACAUCAUUAGCUUCUAAGAGUGAAGUGAAACUUGAGUGCCUAAAUGCUAACCAGUACAACAUAUACGAUGAAAGUUGCUUCCACAGCCAACCUGAGGACCAGGAUUUGGAAGCUAUGACGUUUGCAAAGGAUGAAAAGGAAGUGGUUCCCAAGCCGCAAAGAGAGAUGAAUUCAAACCGUGAAAAUGUAUCAAAUCCAUAUGUUGAAUAUUGCUUCAAAAAUGUCCCUGAGAAUGACCAGCUUGGGCUAGCUGCCACGAAGUCCAAGGAAGAAAAUAAAAUAGCCCUUUACAGAGAGAGAUUGGCGAAUCCCGAAUGCCAGUUUACAUCAAACCCGUACCAUACAUGUGCUGAAUACUGCUUCCAAAAAGCCCCAGAAAGGGAAAGACGUGGACAUGUCAUGACGCUAAGAAGUAUAAAGAAACUACUCAGCAUAAGAGAAACUACAAAUGUGCACCCUCAGUGCAAAUUUGCAUCAAACCCAUAUCAUGAAUGUGAUUCUGAUUGCUUUCAAAAUGAACUUGAUCAGAACAAAGCUCGGGGAGUUAUUAUGAAGCCAAACAAAGAAACUAAAGUCGUUGUCCCCGAAGAGAAAGGAGUAAAUCCGAAGUGCCAAUUUGCAUCAAACCCAUACCAUGUUUGUGCUGAAUAUUUCUUUCAAAAUUUCCCUGAGGGGAAAAUGCGUGGGCAUGUGGUGAAGCUAAACAACCAACAGGAAUUAAAGAAAGCAGUCAGCCACAGGAACAUAUCUGAAGGAGUCAUUGAAUCAAAAGCAGGAAAGAAAGAAACAAGUUAUGAACUAAGAAGAGAAGUUAAUACCAAGUGCAAAUUAGUAUCAAAUCCAUUCCACAAAAGCUCUGAAUGCUGCUCCGAAGGAUACCCGGAUAAGAAUCAGCCUGUGAAAUCCAUCCCAGUUACCACUAAAGAGAAGAACAACAGAAAUUCACUUAGUGAAAAGACACAUCAUCCAAUCAUGGAAAAGAGCACCGCCAACUUGGAAUUUGUAGAAGCAUCAAAGCCAAUUCAUAAUAAUGUUGAAUCCUUUGUAGCAAUAAUUUUUCCGGAUCAAAUAUUGAAGAACAGCGAAAACUCCAACUUGGUAGAAGAAUCAAACCCAGAUAGUGAUUAUACUGAUUUCUCUGACGGAAUCACCAUGGAAGUUGUAGCUAAAGACUUGAUGGGAGUUGAAAUGAGGAUUACAAAAGAGACUUCAGAUGCGCAACCAAUGCUAUUACUUGCAUCUGGUUUAUUCCUUGAAUGGGCCAAUUAUUGCUCCCAGGAGAACGAGGCUGAGGACAAAAUAUUUAUGCAAGUUGAAAGGAAAGCAUUUGAUACAAAGAAUGGCCAAGACAAUGAUUCAUCAAAUCUCGCGAAGGUUAAAUCUAAAAGCUUGCAAAGUUCUCUCCCCACCUAUGUACUCUUCUUCCUUGGAUUUCUCUUUGCUCGUUUCAAAUGGACGGAAGUGAUUCACGCCGUAGUUAUGUCUUCAGAAAGGAAGAGUAGUGGAAGGCGGAUGCAUAAAGGCCUGCUAAAUCCAAAUGAAAAGGUUUGUUUUAUCCAGGCCUCAAACGUUUUGAAUAAUGCUUCUAUGGAAUGAAUGAGAACUGCAUUAGAUCGUGGGGCAGCUAUUAUUAUCUCACUCAUAGGCUCUGUAGUUUUUGCAAAUUUUUUUCCCAUUCUUGAUGGAUGGUAGUUUUAAGGUGUUCGGUGUAAUUGUUGCCAAAAAGUCAUAUUGUAUGUGUUGAACUCAUGAGCCUAGCUUCACUAUAUAAUUUUGAUGAUCAUAAAUAUAAUUUGAUUGAGUAU